UCAAUGGAGUCGACCGCGAGUAGCCAUACGACCAAGUGGCUUUUCGCUCCAUCGCGACGGAAAUGGCGUGCUGCUCGACCUUGAGAACCGGAAACGCUCGAGAGUCGAGCCCUCGCACGGGCGGCGUAGGCUGACAUAAGGGCGACAACGGAGACGGAGGACGGGACGAGCCGACAGCUUCCGCAGCUCUCGGCGCUUGCCGACGAACAAGAGGAUAUGUCUGAAUGGGUGGUGUUUGCUCAUGCCGCGGUCGCGGCAGUCAGCUCAACGCCGGCUCGAUCCUCGACCGCGUGAUCAGCCAGGCGAGCAACGAGGACCAGUGCUUGCUGUACCGGUUGGCAAACUACAAAAAGGGCGGCGAACUAAUAGAAGCGUACAACCAAGGAGGUCAACCGGAGGUCGAGAAGCUCAUCAGGGAGCAAUUCGGCAUCCUGCUGUACGCGGACGGCAAGGGUCAGACGAUCAACCGCGCCGAGUAUCUACGUUGGAAGUUCCGCGACCUGGAGCAAGUCGUGCUACCGAUCGAGGCUUCAUUGUCGCGCUUCGACCCGUUGGCGCAGUGGCACGACCACGAAGCCUGCUGGCAGAUGCAGUACAGGGGUUCAUUGGGCGAGACCCUGCUGCACGUGCUCAUCAUAUGCGACACGCGUAUGCACACCAGGAUAGCGCGCACGUUGCUCAAAUGCUUCCCGCGACUUGCCAUCGACGUGGUGGAAGGUGAGGAGUAUCUCGGCGCGAGUGCCCUUCAUCUGGCGAUCGCCUACAGCAACAACGAGCUCGUGCAGGACCUGGUCGAAGCGGGCGCGAUCAUCUCGCAACGGGCUAUCGGCAGCUUCUUCCUGCCCAAGGACCAGCAGAGGAUGAAUCCCGCCAGGAACACCGAUUACGAGGGACUCGCCUAUCUGGGGGAAUAUCCGCUCGCGUGGGCCGCAUGCUGCACCAACGAGAGUGUUUACAACCUGCUGCUCGAUUCCGGCGCGGAUCCUGACGAGCAAGAUUCUUUCGGGAAUAUGAUUUUGCACAUGGUGGUAGUGUGCGACAAAUUGGACAUGUUCGGUUAUGCCCUGCGACAUCCCAAGCUUCCCGCUCGCAACGGAAUCGUGAAUGCCGCAGGCUUGACCCCAUUGACACUCGCCUGCCAGCUGGGGCGUGCCGAGGUCUUCCGUGAGAUGCUGGAGCUGUCCGCACGGGAGUUUUGGCGUUACAGUAAUAUCACCUGCUCGGCGUACCCUCUCAAUGCCCUCGACACGCUGCUCCCGGACGGCAGAACAAACUGGAACUCCGCGCUAUUUAUCAUUCUGAACGGCACGAAGGAGGAGCACUUGGACAUGCUGGACGGUGGUAUUAUUCAGCGAUUACUCGAGGAAAAAUGGAAGACCUUCGCGCGAUUGCAGUUCCUGAAGCGAUUGAUUAUCUUGGUGUUUCACCUGGCCUCGCUGUCCUUAGCCGUGUACUUCAGACCCGCGGACAUGGACGCCGUGUUGCUGCAGUGGCCCGAGGAGAUAACGGACGUCGUACGUAUCGCGGCGGAGUGCAGCACCGUGCUGGGCGUGCUGAGUUACAUCCUGGUGCAACUGGGCGGCGAGAUGAUCAACAUCGGUCCCUUGUCGUUCCUGAAGCAACUGAGCCACGAACCGGCCAAGUUGAUAUUCGUGAUCAGCAAUCUGCUCAUUCUCGCGUGCAUUCCAUGUCGUAUCGCCGGCAAUCGGCACGCGGAGGAUGCGAUACUGGUGUUCGCCGUGCCGGGCUCGUGGUUUCUUCUCAUGUUUUUCGCCGGAGCUAUCCGACUGACCGGCCCGUUCGUCACGAUGGUGUACAGCAUGAUAACGGGUGACAUGCUGACCUUCGGCAUCAUCUACACGAUCGUGCUCUUCGGGUUUUCACAAUCGUUUUAUUUCCUCUACAAGGGAUUCCCAGGCGUGAAAUCGUCCCUCUACCAUUCCUAUCCUUCGACCUGGAUGGCGCUGUUUCAGAUAACCCUGGGCGAUUAUAACUACGCGGAGCUGAGUAACCUAACCUAUUCCAACUUGAGCAAGACUGUCUUCGCGAUCUUCAUGGUGCUGGUGCCGAUAUUGUUGCUCAACAUGUUGAUCGCAAUGAUGGGCAAUACGUACGCGCACGUUAUCGAGCAGAGCGAAAAGGAAUUUGUCAAGCAGUGGGCCAAAAUCGUGGUAUCUUUGGAACGCGCCGUGUCGCAGAAGGACGCCCAUAAUUAUCUACAGGAAUACAGUAUCAAGCUGGGACCGGGCGACGAUCCGAAUAAUCCCGCGUCGGAGCAGAGAGGGGUGCUGAUUAUUAAAAGUAAAUCGAAAACCAGAGCGAAGCAGCGCAAGGGCGCCGUAGCUAAUUGGAAGCGAGUCGGAAAAGUCACGAUAAACGAGCUGAGAAAACGAGGCAUGACUGGCGAGGAGCUACGGCGUAUAAUGUGGGGUCGCGCAUCCUUCUCCACUCCUGUGCGAGUCAGUGUUCCCAAUGUCGACCAGCCGCAAGUGUCGGCAGUUACUGCAGGUUUUGGUGAUGCGCUAACCGCAGCUUUGGACGUAAUGGCCUUUGCACAUGACUUUGACUUAUCCACCGCGACGGAGGGCAUACCGACCAAUAUCGAUGCGAAACAGGCGAAAACGACAGAACCGAAAGCCGUUCCCGACGAGCAGACGAGAACGACCCAGAAUAAUCCGGAGGCGACGACGGGUGUCCAACCGCAUAAACAAUCCAUCGGGGAGGAAACUAAGUUAUCAGAUCUCACGGAUCUAAUUGAUAAGUCCGCCGAUCCCGGGUGCGUGGAAGCGACGAAUGUGAAGAACGCGAGUCAUGUAGAAUCAACGGCGCAAGAGGAAGCUCCAGUCGAGGAUCCAUUCCUGGAGCUCGCUAUUGCCUCUGAGACGGAAGAUUACGACACUUUAUUGCAAAUGGCCAAGUCCGCCUUAGCUACUAGCGAGGCCUCGAUGGUAGCCGCGGUCGACCCACAAAUUUUAGCGCACUUCACCAUGAUCGCUCCGCCACCAGUCGUUGAGAAACCCGUCAUCGUUAAGAAACAAUACUUCGUGGAAUCCAGUGACAACGAUCUCGGCGGCGACAAUCUGCUCGGCACCGAAGCUCGCAUUCGGAGGAUAAAGUCGGCGAAUAGCAGAUUCGUCAUCACGUCGAAGCGAUCGCGCCGUGACAACGAUGAUGACAGUUCCUCGUCCGCCACUUCCAUCGAUCGAAGUCAACAACGCUAUCGACCGCUGCUGAAUGAUCCGGAAGAAAAUCUGACGAACCGUGUCGAGACCGAAGGACGAACAACUUCCGUCGAAACAAUUAAGCCGGAGGUCAAGCAGAACGGCGGUGUUUCCAAGCCGUCGGAUAAAGUCCAGAAACGUCGACCGAAAACGGCCAAGAACAGGGUAUCGCCUAAGGAAGUAGAGGAGUCGACGAGGAGAAGGGAGUCGAUCGAGCGGAAUAAGGCGGCUUCUUCACCACCGGCGUCGCCCUCGGAUCCGCUCGAGCCAUGGAGCACGCGUGGCAUUACCGACAUGAACACGAUAUUGGCCUGGCGGGAGAAUGCACCGGACAGUCCUUAAUAUGACUUUAUGACAUUUCACACCGCGACCUCCGGCGACCGAUUACGCCGACGCCACGCGCGACACAAGCACGCACAUGGUCACGCACAAAGCGAUUUCACGCUUGGCGUGGAGUCGAGAUGAAUUUCGAAAGUCGCAAUUUUGAAAAUUUUCAAUUUGUUCAAGCAGAUUUCGUGCGUAUUCUUCUAGUUUAGCAUUACGAUGAGUAAUACUACUGAUUCGAUCCAAUUCUAUAAUCUAUAUAGCUCAAAAGUAACUGAUAGCAAAGUGAGGUCAGACAGCGAUUUAUAUUUUGACUGUGCAUCUCACGUUAAAUUUCACGGUAAAUCGGUCAAGCUUGUACGAGGAGAGAAUUUCGCAGUAAAAAAUCACUAUAAAAUUUUCUAUCCUUUCAGUUCAUACACGAAGAAAGCUAACUUGUUUGGUGACUACACGUCCCGAAUUUUUUUGAGUGCUAUUCAGGACAUCGAUUUGUCAUCAAUUUCAAUAAUUGUCAAAUAAUUUUCGGAUCUUUUUAUCCCCUUCCCCCGGUUUCACACAUUUAUGAAGUGUGCCGAAUUCAGGGCUGGGAAAUCUGGUCACCUUACAUAUACCGCGAGGAGAAACGAUUACCUACGAAUAAACGAUUAAAUGACGUCUUCACGAUACGCCCCGGCGAUCGCACAUCACUAUUCUCGACACUCCCGAGACUUAUGAACGCGCGAGACUCACUUUCGACGGGUUAAAGACGCGUAAAAUGCAGAGCGAUGUCGAUCGAUGUGUUACACGGCGGUUACUCGAUGCAGAAAGAUCGAGAAUCAAGAUGGUCGCGCGAUUCUUGAAUCGUGCUGAAAAUAUACGCGUAAUAUGUAUGAACGGCGCCGAAAAGAACGCGCUCUAUGAGAUACUUCUCUCUCCAUAUCUCUUUUCCUAACAAGUUGACGCAAUCGCCCGAAUAUUCCGCAUCUCUCUCUCUCUCUCUCUCU